UGUUCUCUGUUUCUUCUUCCUCAAGCAGCUAAGUAUUCUUAAUUUUCUUCUUUGUUUUAUUUUUCUUAGAGUUUUUGCUCUUUUCUUUUUUGGUUUUUUUUUUAAUCCGGAGAUCUGGUUAAGAUUUAGGGAUUUCUUUUGGGUUUCAUCUUUUUUUACUUCUCGACCGUGUAUGAUCUUUGAAUAUUUGUAGAAUCAUUCCAAUGAUCUUAGGUUAUAAAUGAGCUACGCUAUCCCUAUGCAUCGAAUCCAUAUUCUUCACUCGUUCUCCGUCGUCUUCCUUUACUGGUUCUACGUAUUCUCGUGGGCUCUCUCUUUGUUCUUUAAUGUUCUUGUGUAAAGCUAAUUUCUCUGACCGUUGAAAAAUUCAAAUUCCUAAUUUUCAUUCGAUUUAUCAAUUCCAAUUAAAUACUCUAUCGAAUACCCAAAAAAAGAAGGGCAGAGCUUCCCCUGAGAUGGCUACUGUGCAAAAGCCGGCGAGUUCCUCCGAUUCCGACCCGCGAUCUGCCAAUAUCGACGACAAAAAGAGGAAGAGGAUGAUGUCGAACCGCGAAUCGGCAAGGAGAUCACGUGCGAAGAAACAGAAGCGGCUGGAAGAUUUGGUUAACGAAAUGAGCGCAUUGCAGAGAGAGAACAGCCAGUUCGCUGAAAAGAUCAAGCUCGCCACGGAACGAUUCAUCGAGAUGGAGUCUUCCAACAACGUGUUAAGGGCUCGAGAAACGGAAUUGACCGACAGAUUGAACUCCCUGAACAUGCUGCUGCUGCGGCUUGAGGGAGAAGGCAGCGGGUACGCUGUUGAUGCCCCGGAGAUCGCAGAUCCUCUGAUGCAGCCGUGGCAAACCCCCUUUCCGAUAAUUCCGAUAAUGGCGUCUUCCGAUGCGAUCGACUUCUGAUGGCUCAAGCCUUCUUCCUACUCGGGGUCGGUUUAUGAUGUUGGAUUUCUAAUUGUUUAUCGUUUUAGGUAAUAUAAUUAGGUUUAUGUUUCAUUUUGAGUCUGUCUGGGAUGUUUGCUUUUGCUGAAACCAUAACUCUGGCUAAUCAGUUUACAAAUUCAA